UUUUAAUCUGAUUAAUUCUCUUCUCUUUUCCUAGGAAGUACAUCUGAAUUCCGAAAGUCCCAGUCCCCAACAUGCAUGUGUAUAACCACCAGAAGAUUUGUGCAAUUUAAAGACAUAAGGAGGGGGUGAAAAGUGGAACAUAAGAGUUUAGUCAGUGGCCAGAAACGUCAAUAACCAAGUGCUCAGGCAUGGCCAGUACCCAGACCAGUAUGAAAACCCCUUUCAAAGAUUUGACCUCAUUUAAGGGCAACAUGAAACGACUAUACAGAGAGCGACUGGAAGACGCACCCAUCAAGAAGCGUGUCAUGGCUGAAAUCAACCUUAAGCGUCGCAGCCUGGAUGCAGUCCCGAAAACACCCAAAGUGAAGAGAGAGCAGACUGAGGAUCUGUGCCAAAACUCCAAUAUGGAUGUGGCGGCCAGAGCUGAAUUACAUCUGGUGGGCUGUGCUAAAGCCUUGGACCUGAGCCCAGGGCUUAAACACACCCUGGCCCAAUUCUCUCUCAGCAGCCAGAGCUCUCUUGGGGGCCCGGCUGCCUUCUCAGCUCGUACUGGCCACGAGCAUUCUCCAGCUGGCAUGCCACCCUUACCUUCUCCUCCAGUUCUGGGAGGGGGCCCCCUGCUGGUUCCCUGUGAUAGCUCCACUGAACUUACCCACUCACUACUUGAAGGGGAGUCCAUCUCCUGCUUUGUUGUUGGGGGAGAAAAGCGUCUCUGUCUGCCCCAAGUGCUUAACUCUGUGCUUCGUGACUUCUCGCUACAGCAAAUCAACACUGUAUGUGACGAGCUCUAUGUCUACUGCUCACGUUGUGAUGCAGAGCAGCUGCACAUCCUCAAGGUGUUGGGCAUUCUGCCGUUCAAUGCGCCGUCCUGUGGCCUGAUUACUCUGACGGAUGCACAGCGCUUGUGCAAUGCUCUGCUUCGCCCUGGAGCAGCCUUGCCCGCUGACCCAAGUGGUAAACUGUCUGCCCAAGGCCUGCUGAAGGAGAGUGAAACCAGCUUCCAGGUGGAGCACCAGUGUCUGGGAAAGUGCCAGGGUCUAUUCGUGCCCCAGUUCUACACUCAGCCUGAGGCACCCUGCAUCCAGUGUGUUGAGUGCCAAUUGCUUUUUUCACCACAGAAGUUUGUCAUGCAUUCACACAAAUCACCUGAUAAGAGGACCUGCCACUGGGGCUUCGAUUCAGCCAAGUGGCCCUGUUACCUGCAGCUGGCCAGGAAAUACCAAGGCACACCUGAGGAACAGAAGCUCAAACAGCUCCUGGAUGAGGUCAAGGAGAAGUUCCACUACCAGCUCAAGAGGUCACUAGAUAAAGCAGCGCAGGAGGAUGGCCAGGUGAGGAAGAUGGACCACUGCUCACCCAGUAGCAAGGGGGCUGAUGACCCUGGCAGAAAGGGUAAACCAUCUCCGCCUGCUUUGGUGUUCAACCGGCUUUUUACAGAAAUCAAGGAGGAGCCAGGACACCCCACCCUGGUCCAUCCCAGUUACUACCUGUACACGUACGACAAGAUGGUGGCUCCAAACGUGUCUCUGCAGCGGGAAACAGAGGUGUGUCCAGAGGUGCUGGCAACGCUGCUCAAACAUCACUACAGCCGCAGGGUGCUAGAACAUGACGAACCACCUAUAGAUCUCCACGCGUCGCCUCCUGUCACUGCUGGCACUGAGGAGGCUAAAUCCCAUCAUGCCGCCACUGCCUUGGCCGCUGAGAGGGAAUGCCAAACCCAGGCAGUUUCUAUGGAGAUGAGCAGCCAGAGCUGCAAGAAAGCCGCCCACAGCCCUCCUCCUCCUCCUCCUCCUCCUCUUCCUCCCGCUCCUGCUUCGGUGUUGACGCCGGUAACAGAAGUACUGGCUAAAGACUCAGCCACAAACUGUGCUGCAGUGAUGGUGGGGGGGCUGGAGGACGACAAGGACAGGAUUGUCGUGGAGAUCAUGCAGAUGUACAGCAGGCAGCAGGAGAAGCUGAACUCCACCUUGCAGAAGCAGCUGCAGCUGGAAUUGGAACUGGAGGCGUUGCGUGGAGGCGAGGCAGCAAGGUUACGGGAACUGAGCGCAGAGCAGCGGGAGCUUCGCAGCGAACUGGAGGCGGUGCACAGCGAGCAGGUGCGGCAACUCAACCAGGCCCGUCAGGAACAGCUGGAGCUGGAGACUCGUCUGGAACAACUCAGACAACAGGCCUGCGCCUGUGAAACUGGAGUACAGCGCCAACAAGAGGCUCACUACACAGCACAGUUGUCAGAACUCCGUCAACGGCUGGAGCAGGCAGAGGCCGACCGACAGGAACUGCAGGAGGAGCUGCAGAGGGAGCGGGAGGCUCGGGAGAAGUUGGAGCAAACAAUCACCCAACUGAAGCAGCAGAUGGCCCAGUCUGGCACGGUGGGAGGCAGCCCUUCUCCUCCUCCUACCCCUUCUACAGGACCCCCCACUGCCCACUCCCCACCCUCCUCCUCCUCUUCUUCCAUCUCAGAGGCCCCAGCUUCUGGCCAAAAGUAACUGCUGCUCCCCCAGGUGCCUCCUUCCUCAUUCUUCUCCAAUCACCUACAAAGAAAUCAGCCUAAGAAGAAGCAGAAGACCGCUCCAUAUGUGCAUCUCUCGCUCCUAUUAUGUCAGUGUAGACUGACCUUUGUUUUUUGUAACUGAACAUCAUAUAAAAGAAAUGGUUCCUUUAUUUGUUUAUUUUUUUGUUUGUCUUCUCUCAGUAUUUAAAGAUUUUUUUGGGGCAUGUAUGACUUUAUUUAUAGUUUUUAGUGAACAUAUGGCUGCUUCCCAGACAGGCGUUGGGUCCAGGACUAUUUCCCUCUGCGUUUUCUCCUAUUGCACCCUUCACUUUGUUGCUCACUUUGGACUAUUGAGCAUAAGACUCUUCAGAUUUCACACUUCAGCUCAGACACUCGUCUCUUCGUGGAUAUUACUUCACUAUACUACCUGGCAGAGCAACCAGUGCCUUCGGACACAAAGCGGCACAAAGCGGUUGUUAGUCUCAGUUCUGUCUCUCUGUACCUACAGUCCAGACGCUCUAAUACCAGCGAAUGCAGGAAACUACACAGACAUUUCAAUAUUAUUUUUUGCUUCCUAUAGAAUACAAAGAAAGAUAAUGUAUAAUGUGUUAAAAUAUCAAAUCUUUAUGGAAGAGAUGAACCUUUACUGUACAGUAAAAAAGACUUAAAGCAGAUGUUCUAAUACCUAAUGAAAAUACGCCAUUUGUGACACUGAACUCGAGUGAAAAUGACUGUUUUAAAGUGUGACGCCCACUAGGAAAAAAGCUAACAGACCGUCUGGGACAGACCUCAGCUGCUGGUGACACAAAGACGUUUCCUCUUCAUCCUGCCUGGCACCACCUUAGUUCUCUUGUUGUACACCAAACAGGCCGUCAGCGUCUCCUCCCUCACACUUUCCAUCGCUCUGUGUGUGUUUGGGCCAUUGCACUCUGCUGGGAAACUCCUUAACACUGUGGUUUUCACCACUUUGGCCUAGACAGGAAACGCUGUGCUCUUUUCAGGCUUGGCAUGAACAAGCUCAUGAGCAGUGUUGUGCACUUAUUGUGCUCUUCUCCUCCUCCAGAGUCUCCUGGGAAAGGAAUGCGUCUGGAUAUGGGGGCUGGCUGAGCCGGCGUAGAUUUUCUAAGAAAGAAGGGAAGCACUGUCUCACAUGUGCAGUAGUUCUGCUGGGUUUCUAUUAUACUUUCAACAUGCUUGCAUGUGUGCACACUCUGAAGCGUGUGUAUGUGUGUGAGUGUAGUGUGUAGUGCAGGCAUUCAGGCAUAACAAUAGCCCCAGCAUUCCCAGCAGAUGAUCAAAGCUCUAGUUUGUCCCUGUUUUCCUGGCUUCACUUUUUUUUCCCUCUCAUUUGACUUCAUUGUUAGCAGACAGUUAAAUUCCCAGCCUGUUUGUCGGGGCAUCAUCUUCCUCUCACGUUAUUCUGCCUGGUUGAACAAACAGCACCAGGCAGAGAGAGAGAGAGAGAGAGAAGAGAGGCUGAGGGGCCGGUGCAGACUGGGUGGCCCGGACGCCAGGGGUACAGAGGGAGUUUUUUUUCUCUCUCUCUAGUGCCAUCAGAAUGGGGGCAGCUGUUGUUGUCUGGGGGGCCUCUGCCCACCCUCGGGUGACACUAUACAGGGUCCCUCAUCUCUCCACACAAACCCAGCACCAUCACUCUCUCACUCUCAACCAACCAGCCAUCCAUCCAUCGUCUGUGUCAUGUUAGCUGGGGUCAUACAGUGUGGUGUGGGAGCCAGAAGGAGGAAGAGAGAUGCAGCCAGAGGAAGAGAGAGAGAACUUUUUAUUGUGUGCGUUGCCAGGCGAAAAGUGCUUUUUAUUGCCUCUGAGGAGAUCCCUGUAAGCCAGUGUGUAUGUGUGUAAAUAAGAACUGAAGAAAAGAAAGGGAUCGCCUCUGCUAAACUCCAAGCUUUUUUUAUGCAUCUGCUCUAAAUGCAAAUUGAUAGACAUUCCACUGUGCUCCAUCCUGUUGAAUGCAGUUUUUAUUACACGCUUCCCUUUACAGUAACAGAUGUUAUAGACUGGAGUAGUCACAGAAACAGGUUCCAUUCAAAUCUUUAUUGCAAUUAUGAAAUAAAAUAUUUAACAUAUUUACUAAGGAUUUAUAUACUCUUUGUAAAUACAGUAGUCAUUAAUAUAUUAACUGAAUAAUCUUCAAAAGGUUAUACAAAUUGGACUAGAACUGUGGCUUAAUGCAGCCAGAAUUGACCAUUUUUUAAGUGUUCUUUUCCGACUUCAGAACUUGACUUUUGUCGGCAGGGAGUGAAAUGUGCGGUCCACUCAGUCACAAUGCAGGACAAAGGCAAAAUAGGAAUAUGACUUUGUUACACACACGUUUCCCGCUUUUCUGAACUGACACUUUUCUUUAUUUUGUGGAUUUCAUCUUGAUGAACUGUUUAACUUGUAACUUAGCAUCUUUUUUUCUGCUUUUCUUGCCCUCUGAGCAAAAUUGAAAACAUUUGCUUAAAAAAAUAAUUUUAGAAAAAAAGAGACAAAAACAACAAAAAUGUGUUGCAUGUUUGCUGCUUCCCCUUCUGUUUAGUGUGAACAGGCCACUCUACAGUUCAGUUUUAUUGUGAAAAGAAUCCCCCCCCAUAUUUCAAACAGCAACUAUUGAGAUGGCCCACAUGCAUGAACAUUUAGUAUGUGCAAGUUAUUUUAUACUAUGGGUUCAGAGGUGUACUAUAAAGUCGGUCAUAUUUGGGAAAGUUUCAGCUGAAAUUGAAUUGGAAGUGUGUGUGCGUGUGUGUGUGUGAUAAGCUCCCACAUUUGACUGAUGCACGGCAGCUUGAAAAAUGAAAAAGAAACCGAUUGCUCGUGUAGCUCUUCAUGUGUAGUUGUGUUUUCAGAUGUUGAGAUUAUUUAUUCUGGUCAGGACGCAUCAUUCAGAAGACGAUCAGUAUUAGUUGGUUUGAUUACCUCUUCAGCAGAAUAACAGAAAUGAUCCUGGUAAUUCAUCACAUAAGAGAACAUGAUGCAAAUAUGUUUUAUUUUCUGUGUACCUUGCAUUUACUUUCUUAUAAUUUACACCAUAAACAAUAAACAAAGAUCUAAAUGGCGGGACAGAGAGCGCCCCCUGUAUCACAGCGUGCUGAGCCUUUUUGCAUAUUGCAGCAUUGUGAGAACUUGGCUACGGUGACCUUUUUAAUGUUGUAGAAGGAUUACUUUGGAGCUGGGUGUUUCACAUCCAGCCACUCGCUACUCUGUGCUGUUUAGGUAGAAUACAAGAUGUCAUUAAUCAAAAAUUAUCAUUUCUAUACUUCCUGGUUUAAAUGAUAAAAAUUGCUUUUCUGAAAAGACCUUUCCUCUGGAUACUCUUCUGAAUUACAAAGCCCAGUGAUUGUGUAAGACCAUUGCAUACUUUGUUGCCAAUACUACAGUGUGAUGAGACUUUUGUUCUUGCAUGAAAUGAGACACUGUUCUCCUACCUCAUGUUGUGAUAUAAAAAAGAUGUUUUUUAAGCAGAAAACGCUGCAUCUCUGUUUAUCAUCAUUGAUAUUUAAUAGUAAAAUGACAUACCUGUAAAUGCUUUUAGCUAAUACCUCAGUUGUAUCUAGUGUUUAUUUCUUUUCCUCCCUCGCCCCUCAAUUCAGAUCUUGUAAAUAUGCUCUGUAUAGACAAUGAACUUGGAUCAAAUUCAAGUAAAGUUCUGUAGUGUCAAA